AAAUCGAAGAUACCACCUUCCCUUGGCGGGUAAGGCAUCGUCCGUCAACAAGCCUUUUCCCGAUUCCUCCCUUCCUCACUGUCAAAGAACUUUCCUUUCCUUCUACAUUCUUCCACACCCAAAUCUUUCAUCCCAACUCAAUAAUUACAAUAAUUAACAUCUUAUUUCUUAAAUAAAUACGUAUAUUAUUCUCAAAACCAAUCAAUCGAUCAAUCACCGUUCAAAUCCUUAUCUUCUCCGAUCAUUCAUUAAAAUUCUCCGAUAUGCAACACGGCGACGUUAGCUCUCCCUAUUACCAAUAUUACCAGCCUCACUUUCAGAACCCUAACCCUAACACUAGCUCUACUCCCGCCGAUCCUCCCUAUACCCCGCCCACCGUCCCCGGCCAAUUCGCCUCAGCUCCGCCGGUUGCUUCCGGCGAUUACUCCAACUACGCCUCCUCCUACCCGCCGUAUCCUCAGCCUUCUGCCGAUCAUACCCCAAAUCCACCUGCUCCGUACCCUUCAAACCCCAGCUCUCAAUCGUCCUACGGUUUCCCUCACCUCGACGCUCCACAGCCGAACUAUUACCCUUACGAUCAAAAUCAAACGCCUGUGAGUUAUGAUUUUUCUGCCCCAGAGGCUAAUUAUCAGACACCAAAUCCUCCUAAUUACAAUUCAUUGAAUUCGUCAGCUCCUUAUUCAUCGACCUCAUUUGGGGCCUCCGCAGGGACUAAUUAUGGCAAUUCGUUUGAGAAUAAUACUAAUUAUGGUAAUUCAUUUGAGAAUAAAGCCAAUUAUGGUUCGUAUGGGGACCAGGGAUUGUAUGAUGGUGGUGUUUACAAGUAUAAUGGGAAGAAAGAGGAGUCGUAUGGUGGAAAUCAAUCACAAUCAAGUGCUGCGGGGCUGAUGUUUGAUGAUUACGGAAGACCUAUCAAUGUUUCAAGUGGGAGGGAGCAACGGGGACCUGCGAGUACUCCGAAAAUUGUGAAAGCAACACCUAAGAUUGAGGACCAACAUGAUGUAUCAGGUGGUGUUUUGAAGUUUCGUGUGAAGCUUUUAUCCGAAGGCUUUGGUCAGUCCGACAUGGAUGUGCUCUGUCAGAUUGGUCUAGAUGGAAUUCGCAUACUUGAUCCUGCGACUAGCCGAACUCUGAGGAUAUAUUCACUUGAAAACGUGACAAGAAUGGAGGUUUUGGAUUCAUAUAUAUUUGCAUUUUGGGCCAAAACUUCUGUUGACGUUGAACCUAAACGUAUCAGGCUGAAAUCAAAUAGUUAUACCACGAACAAUAUCCUGGAUGCAGUGACAGCAGCAAGUAUUCAGGUCAAGGAAAUGGGCGAGAGUAGGCCUUCAGACUCAAUCAAGGGAUCUGAGUCAGCUGCUGAGAAGAAGAAAGGUUUUGAUUGGAUGAAGUUGAUGAGACCCCUCAACGAAGAGAAAGAUCACUGGGUUCCUGAUGAAGCAGUUCGAAAGUGUACUGCUUGUGGGACUGACUUUGGUGCUUUUGUACGAAGGCACCACUGCAGAAAUUGUGGGGAUAUUUUCUGUGACAAAUGCACUCAAGGUAGAACUGCUUUGACUUCAGAUGAAGAUGCACAACCAGUUCGAGUUUGUGACCGAUGCAUGGCUGAGGUAACUCAGAGGCUCAGCAAUGCUAAAGCAGCGGUUAGAGUGUCUGCAUUGCCAAGUCAUGUAGACCUUGCAAAAAGACUCCAGGAGGAGAUGGACAAAAAGCGGAAGACAUCAACAGGUCAUACAUCACAGGGAUCCAGAAGGAUGAGAGAGGUUGCAUGUCCUACUUGCACUGUCCAUUUGCAGGUUGAAGUCCCAGCUUCUGGAUCAGAAACGAUAGAGUGCAGUGUCUGCCAGCAUCCGUUCCUUGUUAGUGCUCAUUGAGAUGCAGGGUCUUCAUGUUUUGCUUUGUGGUAUUCGUAUAUGCUGGGAUUGGUUAGAAGCCACCGCAAUGGUCCUUCCAACUUUGUAUGAUUGUUUUUUGAGGGUAUCACGAUCUGUAUUUAUUGGUCUUUGUAGUAAUCUCUUUCAAUAAUGUAGAUUUAUACACAAAAUGCAGUCAUUUUUAUGAUCUUUUCCUCUGAUGUGUGCAUGUAUAGGACGUGCUUCAUGAUGGGAAGUACUUGCAAAAGUGAUGAAACUAACUUGUUCAGUUCAUUUGUGCAAAUUAAUGAGUUUUCUGUAUUUUGAA